CCGAUAUAACGCAUAUACGCAUAAUCCUAUAAUUGCAUAUACAAUUCAUCCUGUCUUGCAGAGGUCGUACAGUACCUAGGUACCUAUAACAUGAAAAACUUUUGAUGUCCUUAACUUCAGGAGUCGAUACGAAUCGAGUCAAAAGUUCUCAUCUAUCUACUACGGUGACAUGGCAGCGGUAGCCCAUGUCUGUGACUUUGUCACCGAUUUAAGCCCGGCAGAAAUCUGCCAACUUUUCUAUGUUCUGAGCGCGGCGACCGUGCUAGCAGUUGCGGCGGUACCUGACGCAGCACAGCGGCUGCUGAUCCAGUAUGGUGCACGAAGCUCUCAGGACACACCAGCUUCAGCUGAUGGCGAAACUUGCAAAGGCACUCAUCGAGGACUCGACGACAUCAACAGAGGGGCUUUCUACCAUCUUAUCUCUCGUCUCACGUCUAUGGGCAUGAUUCCGCAUUCGUGGUUCAUUCAUUUCUAUAUUCUUUCUAUAUCCUGCACUAUAUACUGGGCGGUACAGUUUGUCAGCCACGGAACUGUGUUCGAGUUCAUCGCAAGGAAACAGCUCUCUAAAUUUCCACCAUCCAUGGCUCUGGAACAAGUUGUUCUAGUUUGGUUUUGUAUGGGCCUUCAAGGAGCGAGACGCUUGUAUGAGCAUUUGGUCGUACUACAAUCCUCGUCUUCUAGAAUGUGGAUUGUGCAUUGGCUCCUGGGUAUGGCUUUCUACUUAUGCACAAGUGUAUCAAUCUGGGUCGAAGGAGCUCAAUCAGUACAAUGCUCCGGCCCAGACUGUCCUAACAUUGGAUUCCCGCGACUGAAAGUGAUAACCGCGAGCUUCGUAUUUCUAGUUGCAUGGCUUAUGCAAUAUCGAUGUCACCGAUAUCUGUCUGGAUUGAAGAAAUACUCGCUGCCUCACAAUGGUUUGUUUCGGUACUUGGUGUGCCCGCAUUAUACCUGUGAAUGUCUGCUAUAUCUGUCAUUGGCAGUCAUGGCCGCCCCCCAAGGUCAGCUUUAUAAUCGGACUGUCAUUUGCGCUACGCUGUUCGUUUCGAUCAAUCUCGGUGUCACUGCACAUGGAACCAAAUUGUGGUAUGGCGAGAAAUUUGGCAGCGACAAAGUGCAAGGCAAGUGGAGAAUGAUACCCAUUAUCUUCUGAGUUAGUUCAAGUCAAUGUUCUUCUGCUGUUGUUGAGCAUGAAUUUGCUUCCCAACUUGGAGACACUCAGGACGUCUCUAUAUGUCAAACUGGUACGCGUUUGACGAGGAUUUUUGCCGUCGUGGAAGGUUGAGCCCAACCUUAGCAGGGACCAAUUAGCAAUCGUCAGCUCCGAGAGCUCAGUGUCUUCCACUAUAUCGUCAAUACCAUGGAGAUAAUCUGUAUAGAGAUCCG